AUGGAGAAACAGAACAUCAUAAACACUUCUUUUUCAUCUUCUUGGACCCGUGGUGCGUGCAUCGGAAGAGGUUGUUUCGGUACAGUCAGCACGGCGAUUAGCAAAACACAAGGUGAAAGUUUCGCAGUGAAGUCCGUGGAUCACGCCACGUGUCUUCCCAUUCAAUCAGAGUCCCUAGAGAACGAAAUCUCUGUUCUCCGUUCGCUCACGCCACAUCUUUACAUAGUGCAAUUCCUUGGCGACGGAACCUCGAAAGAAGGAACGACGUCGUUUCGGAAUCUCCACUUAGAGUAUCUCCCCGAAGGUGACGUGUCUAAAAACGCUCCCGGAGGAAUCGACGAGACUCUUCUAAGGCGUUACACGGCGUGUCUCGUCUCCGCUCUCCGCCACGUCCACUCGCGAGGAUACGUUCACUGCGACGUCAAGGCGAGGAACGUUCUCAUCAUCAGCCGGAGCUCCGGAGUCAAGCUAGCGGAUUUUGGAUCGGCGAUUAAAUUUAGCAAACAAACGGCUACGGCUCAGAUUACGCCACGUGGAAGUCCGCUUUGGAUGGCUCCGGAGGUGAUCAGAGGAGAGUACCAAGGGCCGGAGAGCGACGUGUGGUCUUUUGACUGCACGGUCAUAGAGAUGCUCACUGGUAAACCGGCUUGGGAAGAUCUCGGGGUUGACUCGUUGAGUCGAAUCGGUUUCUCAGACGAGUUACCGGUUGUCCCAGUGAUGAAGCUGUCGGAAACAGGACGGGACUUCUUAGACAAGUGUCUGAAGAGAGACAUGAAGCAGAGAUGGAGUUGCGAUCAGCUUUUGCAGCAUCCGUUUCUGUCUGAGUCUCAGUCUAUUGACUCGUGUCGCACUGAGUCAUCUCCGCGUUAUGUACUUGACUGGGUUAACUCGGACGAAGAAGAAGAGGAGGAAGUAGAGAGAAGCGAGUGGAGAUUAAACUUCAAAUUUGCGGCGAUGGCAAGGAUCUGUAAAUUGGCAACGACCCAAGGGGUAAAUUGGGAAAUAGAUGGUUGGGUGGAUGUUAGAAGUAGCAACCCUUCUGAAGAGGAAGAGGCAACGACAGUAUACUCGGACUACAACACUUCAUUGAAUCCGUACGGUGACGUGGCUGAUGAGUCGGCGAGGAUUGACGGUUCCGUGUAUCCGAAUAGACCGCCGGGAAACCGGGAUUCGGCGGCGGAGGUGCCUUAUGAAGUAGUGAUGAUUUUAUUUUUAUUAAUGGUUUAUUCUAGAAUUACAUGUGUAUCCACCGAAGCUACUCUCAUUACUUCUUGUUGUUAUCAAUUUCAUAACAAGGAUAUGUUGUCUUUUAAUGCAAGCCUCAGUUUUUUUGUUUGUUUGUUAGUUUGCACAUGUGAUUCGAUCGGAUCCGACGAAACUAUCAUUUACUUGGUGAGAUGAAAGUGAGACCAGACGAAACUAUGGCUACUACACUCUACUUGAGACCAGGUUUAAUAGCUGCAUUCAGAAAAGGCUGGAUAGACUUCACUACUGCUGCUGGCGGAGACUGCUCUAAUUCAGAAAGACGAACAACAGCUUCCUGAGGACGAUCUGAACUUGGAGAAUGAAGCUAUUGUAAUCAUUUUAGGGCCUACUCUUUUGACUUAUGUAUGUGUUAACACUAGACUUCCUAUACAUUAUGAUAUAACUUACUUCUAUCUCUCUUGUAUGCAGUUUGCCUAACCUUGACUAAACUGAACUUAUC